GGACCUGGAAGCGAACUAAUGUAGAUGUCACUCUAAUAUAUAGGUCAGGAAUUAACUAGAAUCUUCUACUUCUCUUUAGUCGGAGAGCUGCUUAUAUUUACACAAGUGACCCCCAAAUUUGAGUCUUCAUCUUCUUGAAAACCCCUUGGUGCUGGUAGAAAAGUGAUAAAACGACCAUGUUUGGAGUCGUUUUUCCGAAUCGCAGCUUCCCCAUGGACAUCUCAACUUUCAACCAAAUCGAUACUUUCCAUUGGGUCCUCGACAUGAACCAUUUCGUGGGCGAGGCUUAUGAUUCUAUAAAUGAAGUUUGUAUAUUUCUGUUGAAUAACUUUACUCUUCCACCUGAUAAAGCCCUAGCUGUUUACAUUCAAUCUCCGGGCUCGUCUUUCGUGUUUUGUGGGGCUGUUACGCUGGCGCGUCCCUCGGCUCUUCUUUCGCUCGAUUGGCCUCAGCCUUCUGGACAAUUACAGCUUCUGCCUGCUGAUUCGCCGCCUCUUUCGGCCAAAAUUGGGGUUUCGGUACAGGAUUUGGCUACAUUGCCUUCGCUCGAUGUGGCUGCUGAUAAGAAAAUUGAGCGAUUGGCUAUGAAAGUUGGGGAGAAUUUGUUCAAUUUUAUGCAGUCGUUUUGUGGGGUUGAUGGGAGUAAGUUGAUUGUGCCUAUGGAUAUACUUGAUAGAUGGUUUAAGAAGUUUCAGGAACGUGCUAAACGUGAUCCUGACUACUUGAAGGGCUUUGCAUUGUAGGUUUCGAGCUCCCCUCAAUGCUAGUUUUCCCCCCCAUGUAUGUGACAUUAGUAAUGCUGUUUUCCUUUUUGUCUUUUUCAAGUAUUUACUUAUUUAUGUAGUCAUUGUGCUUCUGUUUGACUUAUGGAUACAAGUUUAAGAACAAAAGGUGCUUGUCUAGGAGUAAAGUUACUGCUUUUCUGCUA